CGUUCUCUUCAAUAUUAUAUGAACUAGUAUUUGAACGAAGAAUAUUCUUUUCGAUAAAUUCUCAUCAGGUUCUACAGUUAUAUAUCCAAAUUAAUAAUCCGAAAAAAUGGCCAGGUUAAGGGCAAAAUACAUCGUUUAGAGCAUGUGAAUUUAGGAUUGUGAUAAAUAAAAUACAAUAAAAUUCUUAAUGUUAAUAUGACUCAUAUCCAUGAUCUUGGUGGAGCUUUGUUCUCUGAGCUGGAUGGUUUGGUCGUGUCUUUUGGUCCUCUAUGACGUUGGUAUUUGCGGAUUCUGUAGUGUGCAUCCGUUAUCAUUAGGUGCACCAUUUUUCUUCCACUUUGCUCAGCUAUUUUCCAUCCUAAUGGGCAGUUGAUUGGAGGUCUAUAUCUUACAUUUGUUGGUAGAACAUGCUGGCGAAGACAUUCAUGGAGAAAAUAUAGUUGUUCUCGAGUGGAAGCCUUCCUUUUGGCGAAAUUCUCCCAUUUUCGAACAACCAGAAGCGUAUUACGCUCAUAUGAUUUUGAGAUGGUGGAGAAGAUUUGUAGCUCAGGUGGAUGAUCCAUGAUCAGAAUAAAUAUGGGUCAAAUAAGGUGAGACAGAAAUAAUAGUGCAAUUACAAUUCGAUCAAAUAAGUAAGACGUAAUACGGAGGGAGGAAUGCGAAGUGAAUGAAUCAUGUAUAGGGAGAGAUUAAUGAUGUUUAACCAAUAAUACGAAUAAUAAUAAUAAUAAUAAUAAUAAUAAUAAUAAUAAUAAUAAUAAUAAUAAUAAUACAAAGAUUUAUGAAUAAAGAUAACAGGAACAAUUACAAUUGACUACGAAAGGUCAUAGUCAAAUUGGGUCAUUCAAUAGUUAAGAUUACGAUUGAUUAAUUGGCCUUGAUGUUGGCCAGGGGAGGGGGAGUGGCUGAACAUAUUUCUUCUGUACGCAUAGCCCAGGUUUCUUAAUUCGGAUGGCUACUGCUUCAGCUGUUUGAAGGACUUUCAGUCUGACCGAUUUUGGCAAAAAAUUACCUUAUAAAUAAUUGAAAAAGAUUGGUUUAUACUGGCACUAUGACCCGUUUGUACUAAAUGGGCCAAUAUUGAGCUGUUCAGCUUCUUCAUCGAACCUUUAUUUAGCCACACUGGAAGGUGUUCACGAGCACGAAAAUGUAAAUUCCUAGAACUUCGACCAAUAUAACUCACUCCACAGGAGCAGUUGAACUGAUAAAUACAAAAUCAGGUGGUCAUUCUAGGUAAUUCAUCUUUUAGCUUCGGUGUAACCAUUGGGCGCGUAGAAAAUACUAAUCGUAGUUCUCCGGCGUUAAAAGACUUUUGUAUUGUCCUACGAAAUCUCUGAGUUAGUAUUUCGCUAGCCGCAUCCCCUCUGAAUUGUAGACGCAUGAACAGGGAUUUCUUCUUGACUGUUUGUAUUUCGCCUACUUUCGCCUUCGUGAUCAUAUAUUUAAUUAUAAACUUUCUAGGGUAGCCGUUCUCCCUGAGAUUAUUAUGCAAGGUGGUAAGCUCUUGUUCGACUAUAUCAGCAGAACAUAUAGUGCGAAUACGGUAACUAAGGUUUUUGAUCAAAUUUCGUUUGUACUGAAGAGGUACAAAGCUCAGGAAAUUCGUAUACUGCCCAGUCCAUGUACUUUUUCUGUUUAUACUCCUUUUUAACGAUCCAUCCACUUUCCUAGUCAAGAGAACAUCCGAAAAGGCUAUUCGGCCAUCACUCUCUUCUUCAGAUGUAAACUGAAUGGCUGGAUGCACUUCAUUAAAUCGCCUAAGAACCUCUUGCCGUGACGUAAUAUCUUUACAGAGGAUGAAGGUGUCAUCCACGUAUCUACAGUAAAAUGUGAAGAUUAUUCGCAACUUCAUAGCGAUGAGGCUGCCUACCCGUUUGAAACGUAAGUGAUUACAAGCUGGUUCUAGGAUGGAAAAGAAAGGUGUUGAGCCAAUUUUUUCUAACAGACUAAAUCUCGUACAAGAUAGUUUAAACCAGUCGACAAAAAGAAUGUAGUUUGGGAAUAUGCAACUUAGUAAUUUAGAGUUAGAUCCAGAGGGAUGUGUCUUACGGAAAAAAACAAUAUUAGCUAGAGCAUUGCGAUAGAUCUAUGAGGCUUACUGUGCGUCAGUAGUUAGUGUAUGCAAGCAAGGAAUAUCUGUGUUUCGAAUACUUGAAAUCUGAUCACGUAAUAGAAGGUAGCACAACACCAGAAAUCAGUAACCCUUUACUAUUGAAGAUUGAUGAUGGAAGUUGUAGUAUAAGUCGAGUAAGCUGCCCAAUCAGUUAGAAUGUUAGCUUGCUCCCAUGUAGCUUUUGCGUGCUAUGUAAAACGGACAGAUACAGUGGCAAUAGCAAGUGUAAGAUAUACGAGCAAACUUCAAUCAAGUUCGAGGAAAUUGAAAAACGACGUUUUAUGCAGAAGCUAGUAUGGCUAGUUUUGACUAAGGGAAUUAAACAUCAUAACUAGUUCCUGUCAUAUCAGAUUUAGUUCUCAUUUAGGUGGGCGGACUGUAGUGUCGAUUAGCUGAGGUAUAGAAGGCAAACUUGUGGUAAGUAGUAUUCCAGACCCAGGCUUUGAAAAUAUAUUUUAGAGUGACUAUAACGAAGGUGGUCGAUUAGGCGUAUCCGUGUACGUUCUACUUCUUUCAUAAGUAUGUAUAUCAAACUGUGCAUUAAUACUGUCAACGACUUAGACUAUUUGGUUAUGUUUCAUUUUAUUAGUGUGACCAUCACUGCUCGUCGUCGGGUAUAUAUUGUUUCCAAACGAUUAGCCUGGAUACAAGUAUUUUGGAAAUAGCUUAAAUGUUUUUGUAUUUUGUUUUCAGAUUAUAUCGUCCUACAUUGUCUAUAAUAAGUUGAUAUUUUAUUCAGCUAGUUUUUGUUUUUGGAUAUAUGCAUUGAGUUCUCGUCAAUUUAGUUCUAGUGUGAACUACUUGCUUUGGGAUUAGGGAAAUCAUAGUGCCCUAAUACUGUUAUCCAUCGUCAUACACAUCAAUAGUUUUAAGUGCAGACUAGAUAAGAAUCUUCCUGUAUGUUUUUCUUCUAAUUCAACCCAUGGCGUUAUCAGUGAAGUUACUUAAAAGGAGCCAUCGGUCCGGACAUUUUGAAUACUGUUGUUUCAGUCAGUCAGCUACAACGUAGGACCAGGCACAUAAGUGCAUCGGUCCAAGUUGCCAUAUCACAUUAGCACAACAAGAUGGACACCGAAUUCAUAAAAGUAGUUAAUUCAGAGGUGGUAAUAUAUAAAAGAAAGAUUGCAAUAAGGAUAUAGUACAGGAAGAAAGAAUUAGUUCGUAGAAAGAAAGAUAAGAAGCGAUUUUAAUCUCUUAGUUUAAGGGAAGACAGGGAGUGUAUACACCGACGCCAUUGUGAUCGAUUCUGAGCCAUGUCACCAAGAGUCUCCAACCAUUGGUUACGAUAGUCACGCGGACCCCAACCAAGUAGUCUGCAUCUACCAACAUGGCUCAGACUAGAAGUUAGUGACUUCAGGCACUGAUGCCACGUUUUGGUUUGGCCGCCCCUAACUUUCUUCCAACCAUCUCCAAUACCGGAUAGCAUUGCACGUCGUGGUAGUCGGUGUUCAGACAUACGUAACACGUGGUACAAGCAUCUCAGUCGAUGAAUAUUCACAACCUCUAACAGCACUCAAGUCCACUCUACUGUUGUCUCAAAUAAUUUAAAACUAUUCUAAGCCGUGACACUACUCUGACUAAUCCCACGCAAGCCAAAUAACAAAUCCGAAGUGUAAACGGUUUAUAAAUACGAAAAUUCAUAGUGGUUCUGGUUGUUGAGUGCUUUAGUAUCUGGUCGCAAGUAGUCAGCAGAUAUGAUCAACUUGCAUUUUACCAAAAAAGAACUAGGACCUCUCAGUCAAACUUCAAGUUCUCUCUCUCUUUCUGCAGGCCUUGAACGAACCAGUAUGCAGAGUUUUCAGAUUUUGAAUAGCAUCGAGGUACUUUAAGGAAUCAUUGAUAACGGGUUUUCCCAUAAAUUUACUGUAACCUAUGAAUUUCUGGUUACUGAUAAUGGACCAUCUGUCACUGGUCUAAAAAUGUUGAAAAUGCUUCAAGUAUAAUUUUCCGUAAUGAACUGCUUAAAAACUAAGUAACUAAAAAAUUGCACAUCGAAAAAUUGUUCACAGCUUCAAAAAUUGCAUAUUCUAAUAUUGACACAGAGAAUAUUCAUUUUUUGAAACUACAAUCUGAUUUAUGGACGAUUGAAUCAGUUCUAAGAUUACGAUUCUUGGAUGGUGUCUCAUUUUAACAUUAUAACUGGUGUUAGUGUGUAGUAAUAACCUUAAUUCUAUAUUUUUACUCUUAAUUUAUAACUCUAACAUCUAGUCUGUAUUCCUCAUGCUAAUUUAUAACCAUAUUUUCACAGUAGUCAGUGGUUGAAAUUCAUCAUACACAUAUCAUUAAAGAAAUGGUCUUUCUAUAUGAUGAAAACUAAUUUGAAGAUUAUUCAACACAUAUGUAUUUCACAGAUUGAAAUCAUGAGUCAGUUGAAGCUAGACCACCAUUGAAAACCUGGAAGCAUUGGACGGCCGUUUCGUCCUAGUAUGGGACUCCUCAGCAGUGCGCAUCCACGAUCCCGCACCACGCGGGGCUCGAACCCAGGACCUACUGGCUUCGCGCGCGAGCACUUAACCAUUAGACCACUGAGCCUGCAUCCAACGGUGUUAAUGUCUAACUUCAACCAAUCCACUGUGUUCUUUCUGACUUGUAUGGUGAUCGAUCCGUUUAUGACUGACUAUCGGAAUAUGUAUUGGAAAGUUAUGGGAAUUACUUAAUAAUAUAUCAGUUACAAUUUACCUUAUUCUGUUUUCGAAAUGCAAUUCAAUUCAUCAACUAUUUUCUUUUAUGAGAAAAAUUUCUAAGGUCUUCUGGUUAAUCUUAUCGGUACUUUCAACAUUCUAUUAAAUGUGUUACAUGUAACGUCUAAUCCACGAAUAUAAUACUUUAAUUUAGUUAAAGUACUAUAUCCACAAAUUGAAGCUGCGGUUAUAAGAGACUAUAGAUAUGAAAUGUUUUGAGGUGUAUAUUGUAUCUAAACAAAUUAUCUUUUAAUGAUUCACUAUAACUUCAAUCAAAUACUAUUAACUCAUUGUCAUUCACAGAUACCUUUAUAGGUUAUUUUUUUUAUUUCAACACAGAUAUCGGUACAAAUAGGCACCAAAUACAUAUGCGCCACACAAAUCUCAUUCGAUAUGUGUGAGGGCUGUGAUACUGCCCGGGUACCCAAAUCGAAGCAGGUGGUUUUCUUAGGGGGCCACUCCUCGAUCCUUCGACCUGAAGGUCUGAUCCACAAGGCAGUGGAGCAUCGUCAGGAGAUGCAGUCCCAUGGAAGCCGGUGACCAACAAUUGGUUCAUUUGUUCCCGCAGGAUACUGGAGCCCAUGUAAACCAUUGGUUUGGAAUCCGGUUAAAGCGUCGGACAUUCGCUUUUCGUCUUCUCAUUUUUGUAAACAGCACCCCCUCCACGAGAAGGCAGUGAAUAGGACUUCCCUGGCAGAGGCUAUAAACGCGUGGCGGACUCUCUCCACUCUCGGCCGUACCUGGGCAUUUGGGGGCCUUAUAGGUUAGGGUAAUUUUAUAAUGGUUUUUAGGAGAACUAACCGGAUAUCAUUUAAACUUUUACAUGAUAACUAAAAACAAUAAAACUCAAUCCUAUUUCAUAAGAGAGUCAGACACCCACCCCAUCACCAACAACCACCUACUUGACUAGAACGAGUUCCAUCCCACAUUAUUCUCAUUGUGAAGAAAAUAAUAAAAAAAAAUUUAUUUAUUGCAAUAUAAGUUUUAUUGAAAAUAAACUAUUCACUACAAAAAAAAAUGUACUUCAUUAAAAAAAAUUAAUAACAAACAUUAACUAAACUAAUAUUGAUUAAGAUAAAUUAAUAAACAAUAAUAAAUCAAUAAACGAUAAUAAAUAAAUAAAUAAGGAAAAUUUAUGGAUUAUUUAAGAUGAUUUAAUGUUAAAGCGGCAUUUCUUUGACGAUAUUUAUAAAUGAUUCCAAUAACAAUUGCAAUUAGUAAAAUUCCAGUAGCAGCAGCAGCUAUGGCGAUGAUAGUUCCGGUGUGAUCUUCUGGAACUAAUGAGUAAAUAAUAAUAACAAAAAAGUAUAAUUAAAAUCAGAUUUAUUUAUAUAUUUAAACACAUGAACAUUAGUACAAGGAGGUACCGAAUAGAUAUACGCCACAUAAAUCAUUCGAUUUGUAUGAGGGCUGGAAUAUUGUCCAGGUGCUUAAACUGAAACAGGUGGUUUUCGUAAGGGGCCAUACCCGGAACCUUCAACCUAAAGUUCUGAUCCACAAGUCAAUUGAGCAACGUCGGGAGAUACAGUCACAUGGUAUGCAGUGACCAAUAAUUGGUUCAUAUUGUCAUUUUUUCCUUCGGGAUACUAGAGCUCAUGUGCAUCAUUGGUUUAGAAUUAGGGUUAUCCAACUCCCCUAGAUAAAUCCUCCAUCUCCAAUAACCCGGUUAAAGCACCGGACAUUCGUAUUUUGUCCUCUCAGUUUCGUAGUUAACAUUGAUGCCGCGAGAAAGCAGUGACUAGAAGUUCCGUGGGAGUGGUUGUUUACGCAUGGUCAUGUGAAAGCAUUUCGAGAGAGAGAGGUGGCUCUCCUCACUCUCGGCUGUACCAGAGCAUUUGGGGGAAGAACUAAUCAGGUAUAAGAUAAUAGGUCUUGGACUUUGGCGCGAAAUUCAUUCAUCCAUUUGGAUAAAUGGUGUUUUGGUAUUAUAACUGAUGUCAGUUCAUGAUGAAAACCCUAAAUCUCAUUUCUAACCUUAAGCCCAUCAAUUGUCAUUCAUAAUUCUAAUUCCACAAACUGGUUUAUAACCCUUAUCUGGUCUUAGUUAUUAGGUGAACACACGUAGAAUUUUUUACAAAAAGAAUACACCACUAACUGGUUCUUUAUUCAGUUAUUCAAUACAAAUCUAUCAUAGUAGUAUGUUUUAUAACCUAAACGUAACUUACACAAUCUGUUAUAGCAGUAUUGGGUUGUGGCGAUUAUUAUAUUUUUUUGAUUGAGAUCAUGAACCGACUGAUGUUAGACCGCCAUUGAAAACCUGUAAAAGUAAUGGACUGCCGUUUUGUUCUGUUUUGGGAUUUCUCAGCAGUGCUUAUCCACGAUUCCGCUCGUGAGGUUCGACUCAUGAUCUCGACCAACAUAUAAUUAUCUCCACAACCCCGUACUGAUAAUUACCGUGUGCUCACUAGUGACUAGCUUCGUGAGAGAAUUCUCGGAGUUCUAGUUAGAAGUCGUGACCAAUGGAGCUAGUCCGUGUCAAGUAGAGAUAGCUAUCUACCUCAGUAUAAUAGAAGAUGGUCGCGCAAUUUCGUGGAUUAGUUGAGGUUAGACAUUAACAGUGUGGGAUGCCGGCCGGCUUAGCGCGAGACCGAAGUCCUCGGGUUCGAAUCUGGUGAUCGGGAUUGUGGAUGCACAAUGAUGAGGAUUCCCAUACUAGAACGACAUGGCCGUCCAGUGCUCCCAGAUUUUUAUUGGUGGUCUAACAUUAAUAUUAGUAUUGUAGUGAACGAGAACACUAGUUGGGACAAUCAAAUGUAUUUUAUUAUCAUACUAUGAAUAUUUUAUUUGCAAAAUAUCCAUUAAUUGUUUCGGAUUUUGUUAUUAUUUCAUUUCUAUAUCAAUCACUCUCUGUUCGUUUUCUCUUCUCUUCUCAACCUUCUACCUUCAGUCAUUUCACUUUCGGUUGAUGACACAUACUACUUAUAUCUAUCAACAUCAGUAGCAUACAUCACAUUAUAUGUGUAAACAAACAAAACGAAACAAUGAAUAAGGAUUAAUUAAUUCAGUGUCAAUGUGUCACUAAUAUUAGUAAAAUGAACGUUUCUAUUAUCUUAAGGUAUAUAGGUUUCUUUCUUUAUAUCAUCUUAAGGUAUAAGUCUAAUCAAAAUAUGUUUGAAUGUUUCCAUUGAUAUUUAUGUCUGUAAUUGAUCAGUCUCUCUUAUUGGCACAUGUGUAUUCUGUGCUGAUUGCGUCGAUAUUGAUAUUUAGUCAAAAAGAUUAUCAGCAAAGAUAGUAUAUAAUGAGUAAGAUAAGAAGUGCACAAACCUACGUUUACAUAAAAAUAGUCAAGGUUGAUAAACGAAUAAUUAGGAAGAUCAAGAAUAUAGCUUGAGAAGAAUGAAUAAAUUGCUCUGUUCGAAUGUUAGAAUAAUUUAUGUGGGCUUGACAUGGUACUAGACACUACAAGCUAAUUAAAUGAGCAUUAAUAUAGAUUAAUUGAUUGAGAAAAAGAGACUAACCUUUUUUCGUACGUUUCUUCUUCUUCUUUAUUAUUGCUAUAUGAUAAUUAAAUAAAAGAGACAAGAAAUGAUCAAUUAAUCUCAUAGGAUUACUACCCUCUCAGUGAAUGCAAAUAAACACAAACCAACAAUGAAAAUAUAAAUCAAUGUAUUAGAUGUGAUACAAAGAGUAUGAUUGAAGCAGGAAAUUGUGUACAGUGUAACGUGUGUGUGUGUGUGUGUGUGGGUAUGUAUGAUGUUAAUCGUUAUGGUUGUGUUGAUUGUAUUCUACCUGAAUCUUGAUAUUAUGAAUACGAUCUGAUCAAAUCAGCAUGGAUAUUAAUUAAUGAAGGUAUAAAACGAAACUCACUUUUAGUUUUUAAUACAAUCGUUUCUAUAUUUUGAUUAAAAAUAGUGAGAAAAAGAUUAAUGAAUAGAUAAAUGUGUUAGUUCAAAAUGAGACAGAAUAAUGUAUACCACAAUCGUCAUAAACGUAGAUGCUUCUAUGAUAUAAUGGUUUAACUUACCUACCCUAAUAACUCAAUUGAGGUGCAUUAGCUAGAAUACGUGUCUCUUGAUGUCCCAUCAUACUAGACAGGUAGAUUGGAAAAUGAUAGAAGGAAAAGCAGAAACUCGAAAGUGAAGUCGUACUGUUGGCUGUAUAUAGCUGUGUUGAAUGAAAGGUAUAUUUUUCAGACAAUCAACAUCUAAAGCGAUAUUACUUUCUUUCAACGAUAUAUAUGUGAUUUUUUUCCCCAGUCCUUUAUUUAUGUGGCUUUCCUAACUCUUUUUCUACCACUUUAUCAACCAUUCACUUAGUCAAAUAUCUUAAUUGCUUUUUUAAUUGAUGUCCCGAACGACUAUAAGUUAGACAGCAAAAAUCUCGGAGAGUUGGAUGUCUGUUUCGUUCUUGUAUAAGACUCCCCAGUAGUACGCACCUACAAUACCACAACUGAGAAUCAAACCUAGAGCAAAUGAUAUCACGUACAAACUCUUAACCUAUAAACCACUGAGCUGAAAUCUGAGAGUCUUAAAGGCUAACGCUAAUCAGUAGACUAUAUUGUUUUCGGUGGGUAACGUCAUUGCAUCAUCUUGCUUUUGAGAUGGUCAGAUAUACUUAGUUUAAAAGAAAAAAUAAUAAUUCCAUGAAAAUUUUUUUUACUAACUUUUAGUUUCCACAUUAGAUAACUUCAGUCCGGUUUUGUUGUCUGAUUUCUCAUUACCAGAAUUAAUAAUAUUUGUAAAUGCUUCUGUAGUCAGUUCUUUUCCUUGAGGAGUUGGAAUUUCUAUAUUCGCUGUUCCUUGAAUACCUUGUUCUCUAUUUUGAUUUAAGGUCGCGUCUACCUGUCUUUUCAGACGAUUUGAGGACUCAACUGGUGUGAAUGUAACAUUAGUACAUUUUGCAUCGUUUGACAAUGAUGGAUUUCCAAGUUUCAAACUACUUAAAAUCUGUGAAUUUUAUAAAAACGGAUAACAAAUUACUAAUUAACGUUUUAAUCAAUGAAGGAAUCAUUGGAUUUUAGAAAAUUAUGAGUGACAACUAUUCUUGUGCGUUGGUCAUAUGUGCCAAUCAGUAAUCAUUACUACUAUAAAUAUAUUAUUUAUUUAUUUAGUUGAACACAUAAAUAUUGGUACAAGGGGGCACCAAAUAUAUAUGCGUCACAUAACAACAAUGAGAAUGGGAAAACAAAAAAGGAAGGUAAGGAGCGUAAAAAAAAAGAACAAUAACGAACAGAUUACUGUAAGGUAGUGUAAUAAUAAUAAUAAUAAUGGGGGAAACGGAAAGGCACAAUCAGAAGAAAUCUUUCGGUUCAGGAAGAUACAACCACUUUUUUAUGAAGUAAAAGAAGGUUACAGCAGGAUCGCCACUGGCUUCUAUUCUGAACCAUAUCUGAUAACGUCUCUAGCCACUGUGUUGCACCAUCUCUAGGACCCCAACCAGGGAGUCAUGAAGGCACAACAGAUGCCAGUCCUGUGCAACUUUAGUUCAUGCCACGACACCAUGUCAUAUAACGACCACCUCCUCUUUUUCCAACCAGCCCCAGAGUCGGCAAAUAAUGCACGACGUGGAAUUCUCUGGGACGACAUUCGUAGAGCAUGUUCAAGCCACCGAAGUCGGUGUUUCAAGAUGGUGACACCAAUUGCAUUAUCGUCUCUGCGCCCGAACACACGAUGCCGAACCUCUGCAUUACUGACAUGGUGUUGCCACUGGAUGUCAGCAAUCUUUCGGAGACAACGAUGAUCGAACACAGAGAGUCGUCUAACGUCCUCAACUCGGAGAGGCCAGGUUUCACAAGCAUAGAGCAGAACUGCUCUCACCGACGCGUUGUAGAUCCGACCUUUUACAGCCAGACUAACAUCACGAAGGCGCCAAAGGUGGCCUAGAUUGGCAUAAGCCGCUCUAGCUUUCACUAUUCGUGCAUUGAUCUCAUCACUCUCACCCCCACCAGCACUUAUGCAGCUACCCAGAUACACGAACUUCUCGACUACGUCUAUGUGCUCACCAUCCAGGGUGAGUACAGGAUUGGAAUCCUGCCAGUCUUGUAGAAGUACUUUGCACUUCGAAGGUGCAAAGCACAUACCAUACCUACGGACACUGAUUACCAACUGAUUAAGUGAGGAUUGCAUGGCUUAGGCAUUAUUGAUAAGUAUGACGGUGUUCUAACAUAUGGCGGAGAGUGAAGAUAUGAUCAGUACAUCCUCGACGAGAACGAAUAUUAUUAUUAAAUAAUCAAUCGUCAGUGAAAUUCCCACACUUUCUCUCAAUUCUAAUCUUGAUGAUAUCAGUUCAUAAUUCACUAGACAAGUAUGACUCCUUCAAUUGAUUAUGGAAUAAACUUAUCACUGAUGAAACCUUUUAUUUAAAAAAAUACAAUUACUAAUUUUAAGUAAUGGAUUGUGGAGAUUGUUAAAUUUUUGAUUGAGAUCAUGAAUCGAUAAAUGUUAGAUCAUCAUUGAAAACCUGAACGCAUUGUACGAUCAUUUUGUAUAUAAAUUCUCAACAGUGCUCAUCCACAAACUUACAUGCAGAUUCCACAGAAAAUUUUAUAAUUCUAUAUAAAUUUAUUCAUUAAAUACAUACCAUCUUUCCAUGUAAAUCAAUCAAUGCCCAAUACGAAUGAUUAACAAGUUAAAUGGAGAGUAAGUGAUGGCAACUGAUUCAUAUGUUUACUAUGAAGUCUAGAAUUACAUUCACAUAUACUAUCUAUAAUUAACUAUCUAUUGAAAGCAAAUUUACAAAAAUAAUAUUAUACUCACUGAAUCACAAAAUAUAGCUGCCAAAUUAAUAUAAGCUGGAGUACUUGUAUUUGUCAAUUCAACUGACCAAUAUUGUGGUAAUGUUUCAUUCUCUAUAGCCAAUACUGACUUCACUUCAAAUGUUGGUACUAUAGAAAUAUAUAGAAAAUCAAAUAGUCGUAGUUUCUGUAUUAUUGGCAAAUAAAAGUUAAAUUAUAAUAGACAUUUACAAUUAUUAGGAAAUUAUGUAACCAGUGGAGCUAAUCCUUGUCGGGUAGAGACAGUUAUCUACUUAAGUACAAUGGAAGUUGGUCGCGCAAUUUCGUGGAUUGGUUGAUGUUAGAAACUAUCACCAUUGGAUGCCGGCUCAGUGGUCCAGUUGGUUAAGCGUUCGCGCGCGCGAGACCGAAGGCCCUGGGUUCGAAUCCCGCUCGCGAGAUCGUGGAUGCGCACUGCUGAGGAGUCCUACAAUAGGACGAAACGGCCGUCCAGUGCUUCCAGGUUUUCAAUUGUGAUGGUCUAACAUCAAUUGGUUCAAGAUCUCAAUCAAAAAAUUAUGUAAAAAGCGAAAAUAGAUUUAAGAAUUAUGUGUAUAAUACAAUAGCAACUAUCAAUAUAACAGGACUGGCAAAAAAAAAUUGCAAAGACAAAUUAAGAGAAAAGAAAGAAGUAUACAGGAAAAGACAAAAGAAAAAAGUAUAAAAAUGAAAAGAAAAGAAGACUGUAAAAGAUGAAAAUAUACAAAAAAAAUAAAAUAAAAUAAACAAUAAACCAGUUUGAAGGAUUUGACAAGCAUAUUUAAUAAAUAAACAAGAGUAAAACAUAAGAAAUUCAUAAGAAUUAAGAUAGAAACAAAACAAGAUUUCAUAAGAAGCCAGAUCGAGAGAAACAAAAAGAAAAUCUGUGACAAUGAGAACGUGAAGGAAAAAAUAUUAAAGCAACAGUAAAUAGAAAUAAAGAACGUGGAAUAUCUAAAAUAUAAACAGAUACAUAGAUGUAUGAAGUAAAACUCGAAGCCAAGAACAAAUGAUAAACAUCAGAGUGUACGUAUAACAUUGAAUGUGUCAGGCUAAUAAAGCAUAUACCAAUAUGUAUUGAAAAAAACAAACAAUUAUCGAUUAAAUUGCGGAAAAAACAAAUGAAAUAUAAGUAAACAAAGAAAAGAAAAGGAGCAUCAAUAAAAAUUGACACAAAUAAAACAUCGCAUCCUCACCUUCAACAAUAAUAUCCACAGCAAUUUCGCGAACAGGAUCACCUUCAUUGAUAUCUACAAGGUGAUUGAUUGAAAACCGUGAGUCAAGUGGUCAAUGCACACAUGAAUAUUCCACUCGACAAUGAAAGUGAUCAAAUGAGAUUGACUUGUGCGUGUCGAGUGAUCAAUGAAUGUUGUGUGAUUGUGAAAUUGUCAAGUGUGAAUGUGCAGAGAGAGAGACAAUGUGUGUCAGACAGUUUGUCAGGUGGAAACACAGACGGUGGACGAACAGACAGAAAGACAGUGAGGCGGAUAGACUGUCAGACAGACAGAGAGAGACAGACAGACCGACCGAGCAGUAAUCGGCAAUAUUGUGUGACGACCGACGUUGUUGUGAAUGGAGAAGGAGAUUGUGAGCGCUGGUGAUGUGAGAAGUGGGAAUGUCGUGGAUUCAUGUAGAUUUGAAUAUAAAUAUGUUUAUGUUUAUAUGGCUAUAUGUUUAGUUGGAGAGGGAAUGUGUUAUAUGUGGAGGAAUGUGAUUGAAGCAAUGAUUGAUUUGAUAGUGAAAUGUGUUUAAUGUGUGAUGUUUGAUGGUUGUGUAUGUGUAUAAUAGAGGUGAUAUGAAGUGGUUGAGUGAGUGAUUGUGUUAAUAAUUGAGUAAUCUAGUGAGCGAGUCAGUGAAUGUGAGUGAUUGUGUUUCGCAAUGUGUGCGUGUUCACUUGUGUGUGUAUGUAUGUAUGUAUGUAUGUAUGUAUGUAUGUAUGUAUGUAUGUGUUUGUGUGAAUGUGUCAGAUAAAUAGAGCGUUUGUGUGUAGUUGUACCGGACUGAUGGUUCACACGUGUGUCAGAUAGUCAAAACAAUAUGAAUAUACAUUGAUGCAAAUGAUUUAUGAGACACUUACCACCAUCAUUAGAAUCCUCCUUUUCUUCUUCUUCAUUGUUGUCACCUAGAUUCGCACCUACAAGGUGAUUGAUUGAAAACCGUGAGUCAAGUGGUCAAUGCACACAUGAAUAUUCCACUCGACAAUGAAAGUAAUCAGAUGAGAUUGACUUGUGCGUGUCGAGUGAUCAAUGAAUGUUGUGUGAUUGUGAAAUUGUCAAGUGUGAAUGUGCAGAGAGAGACAAUGUGUGUCAGACAGUUUGUCAGGUGGAAACACAGACGGUGGACGAACAGAGGAAGAGACAGAAAGACAGUGAGGCUGAUAGAGAGGCAGAGAGAGGGAGAGAGAGAAAGGGAGCGAGAGAGACAGAGAGACCGAUCGAUCGAUCGAUCGACCGAACGAGCGAGCGACUGAGCAGUAAUCGGCAAUAUUGUGUGACGACCGACGUUGUUGUGAAUGGAGAAGGAGAUUGUGAGCGCUGGUGAUGUGAGAAGUGGGAAUGUCGUGGAUUCAUGUAGAUUUGAAUAUAAAUAUGUUUAUGUUUAUAUGGCUAUAUGUUUAGUUGGAGAGGGAAUGUGUUAUAUGUGGAGGAAUGUGAUUGAAGCAAUGAUUGAUUUGAUAGUGAAAUGUGUUUAAUGUGUGAUGUUUGAUGGUUGUGUAUGUGUAG